CUGUUUGUCCAUGCAUGAACAUAACAAGCCCGAAUGUUUAUUAAACCAAAAUGAUCACAGAUUCACUGUUAAUAAAGAUAAUCUAACAAAUCCAGACAAUCUUAUAUUACUAAAUAACAGCAGCACAGAAACGAGUAAAACUCUAUUGUCUACAGAAUCGGAAGAAAUAAAUGAUACACCACGUUUGCCAAUGGUUGAACAUAACAGUCUUCCUAAACAAAGUAUUGUUCCUGAAAAUGAUCCUGCCAAUUGGAUAAAAAAUCAAGAAACGAUAGAUUAUUUAUCAAUCAAUGGAUUUAACCAAAAUUUAAAGAACAAUAAUUUCCAAAAGUCAAAAAGAAUUUACACUAAAAUAAUUGGUGGGGUAAGACGUACUCGUUUUCGAUAUAUGUCAAAAAGUAUAUUUAUAUCUACUCUUGUUAAUGGUGAAAAAAUUAACCGAACAUUUUUGAUUUACUCAGAAAGUAAAGGAUCAAUAUUUUGUGCUCCCUGCUAUUUAUUUGGUGGCACUACAUCGUUUGCCACAGUUGGUUUUUCAGAUUGGAAAAAAGGAGAAGAAAAAAUCAAGCGUCAUGAAAAUUCACAACACCACAAAUUGUGUGUAAUGAAUAUGAAAGAAAGAAAAGAAGUAUUAAAUCGAGUUGAUCAAAAGCUAAAGUAUCAAGUAGAAACAGAAAUAAAUUAUUGGAAAAAUGUAUUGACAAGAGUUGUAGCUGUUGUGAAAUCCCUUUCUUCUCGUGGAAUGUCUUUUAGAGGUGAUGAUGACCGUUUUGGAUCUGUUCAUAAUGGGAACUUUAUGAUGAGCUUAGAGCUUAUUGCUCAGUUUGAUCCUUUUUUAGCACAACACAUUGAGAAGUUUGGAAAUAAAGGAAAAGGUUUAACAUCAUACCUAUCAUUUAAUAUAUAUGAGCAGUUCAUAAGUAUAAUGGCAGAUAAUGUUAUUCAACAAAUGGUGAAAGAAAUAAAGGAAGCUAAAUACUUUUCCAUCAGUAUUGAUUCUACUCCUGACAUUAGCCAUGUAGAUCAACUGUCAUUCAUUUUUCGGUAUGUUCAAAAAAAUGGCUGUCCGGUAGAAAGAUUUUUAGGGUUUUUACCUAAUUCUGGUCAUAAAUCUGAAGAAUUAGCAGAUGCUGUAUUUUUAGUUUUAGAAUCGCAUGGAUUAGAUAUUAAUAAUUGUCGUGGUCAAAGUUACGACAAUGCGUCUAAUAUGUCUGGUAGAUACACAGGACUUCAAGCUCGCAUUAAAAAAGUUAAUCCUUUAGCAACAUUUGUACCAUGCUCGGCACACUCUUUAAAUCUUGUUGAUGAUAAAAAAGAAAAAUCUAUUACAAGAUCAGAAGCUAACGGGCUAUAUUUAAAACUGGAUAGUCUUGAAACAGCUGUAAUGGCCACAUUAUGGGGCGAUAUACUAGAGAAAUUCAACAAAACUAGCAAACAAUUGCAGUCAGUUGAGAUUGAUUUAGAAACAGUUGUAAGUUUAUACGAAUCUUUAAUUCGAUAUGUAUUAGAUUUAAGGAGUAUGUUUGAUAUCUAUGAAGAGAGAGCAAUAAAUAAGUCAGGACACAAAACAUAUUGA